GAUCAGCACUCGGGUUACUCACUGUCCAGUCUGGAGCUUUUGCCAUUCUUAGUGGUCACCCUGCUGUCAGGAGGUAACCCCUCGCCCACGACCCUGAGAAGGUGCCUUCCAAGAACAAGGCCUCGUACGGGUCCCACCGCUCUCCCAAAAGAUGGACUCCCACAACAUGUCCUGGAUCCAGUACCCAAGCCAUGUGUCCCCAGCUGUGGAGGAAGUCAUCGCUACACAGAGCACUGUCUCCAGGUGUAUGCACAUCUAUGUGGCUCUGUUUGUCCCAGUAAGCUUAGCAGCUGGGCUCUUAAACUUCACCACUUUCAUGCGCAACCGCUCACGGCUGCAGGCCCUGGACAUGCUACUCUUGGACCUUGCAGUCACUAAUGUCCUGGUGACGUUAUUGUCCCUCAGUGCUGCUGGCAGGCCUGACUAUCUGCUCACAACCAACCUGUGCUGUGGGUUCCUGUCAUUCCUAUCCAAUAUCUGCUACUUCAAUGCUCAGUAUCUGCAGGUGGCGAUGCUCCUCAAGUUCUCACUGCUAGGCUCCUUACCCUGUCUAACAAGGACUCAGAGGCCUGCAGUGGUUCUGGUUGCCAUUUUGGGCUGUGCCUUCUGCAGCUCUCUAGUAGUGGUGUCCUUGCUGGGAACAUCCGGGGAGCUGUACAAAACCAUCAUGUGCCAGAUGGACCUGCUGACUGCCUGGCCUGAAUACGAAAUUGUGAAGUUCAGCCUGGGCUUCGGGUUUGCCCUUGUCCUCAAGUUGGUGUUCUUCUUUCUAGUUAUUGUCAAACUGGCCUGGCAGGCAGUUCCUCUCCAAAGGGACAUGGCUUCUGCUUACCUGGUGGUGUGGGCCAUUGCCCUAACCAUGUUUGCCUGCAGACUCUUCUACAACAUUAUACUUCUUCAGCGGGCCAGGCUGAAACUGCAGAGGGAUAUUGGCUCCCCUAGGGAUGAGCUUCUCAUGAAUCUUGCAGAACUGGUCCUGUUUGGGGAAAGCUGUGUGAAUUCCUUGGCUACCCUUUUCCUUCAUGAGCCUUGUAGGCUAGCACUGCUGAAUAUGCUGGAAUGUCUCACCCUCAGGUGCAGAAAAAGACAAGCGGACAACAGCAUCUCCUUAAAAAGAGUAGGGAGUUAAGCCCAACUCCGGCCUGCUAGACACAGCCAGACAAGCAUGUGGCAGAAUCUUCUUGGUACUUUGGAAGGUGCUUAUUAAAAACUAACCUUCUGCAUUCAGCUCAAUUUCUUGACAGUAUCUUGGCCCAAACCAGGAAUCACACAU